AUGGAAAUGACUAGUGAGGAGGACGAGAGAUUCGAGAUCCUUUCGCUCCACACAGCCAUCGAAGCUUUUCCAGGAGAGAUAUUCCGUCGUGUCUCCCCUGUGAGCGAGGUUUGGGGGUUGAAGCUUUUACUUGGGGCGAGGUCUCCCCUUUAUGUAUGGUAUCUCUACAUAAGCGGGGUGGCAGUUCAGAUGGUGAGUUUUGGUCAACAGAAUCUGGAACCUUUCCACGUGCCUUCCUUGAUCUUUGACAUUACUGACACGCCGGAGAAAUAUGUGAAUUGGCCAGAUGGGGCUACCUCAAGAGACAGCCUGAAAGCAGUACUGAAGCUUCCCAGGCUUCAGAAUUUGAUAAUGCAACAUGUGGACCAUUCGGUGGGAGAGUUGAUAAAUAUGGUGCAAGGUAAUAUGCAUUUCAAUGGUCAUCAAAGACUUCAAAGCUACCUCUCUAACAGAAACAUGGAAAGAGAUGAAAGAGGCUGA